GUGGUUAUUUAACAUCUUUCAGUUUAAAUACUCCUUUCCAAUCUGCAGAAAACAGUUGGCAGAGUAGAUAGCGCAUUGAUUUAUGAUUGUUCCAGCGAGCCAGACUGUGUUUGCGGUAUCACGGUGUCAUUCUGGCACUGAGGUGUGUGUAGUGACGAGGUGAAUCUCAGCAGGCUCUACCUCAUCACCAAAGACAAAAACAAACUCGCAGAAACAGACAAAGUGUUUGGAGGAAAAGCAGGACUUUCAUCAGCGAUUGGGAUUCAAAAAUCUGUAAUGUGGUUAGCCGGCUACCGCUUCAGAUACAAACCUAACAGCCUUCUGCAUAACAAGUAUGAUAUUAUCUAAAAGCCACUUCUCCGUUAGUGUUGGUAGCAUUCUCAUUUGAGUGGUGUGACAGUAAAGUUAAGUGUGGAAAUUGCCACGUGAAAUGAGUUUUUUUUUCACUCCUGAACAUGAAGAUGGUACGCUUUUAAUUAGCCGCCUUUGGUCGGUUUGCUAUCGCAUGCGAUAUUAGGAUUCAAACGCAGUCGCUAAAGUGAUUUAGUUAACCCGGCACUUAAAGAGCUCUGGUGUUUAGUGUAGUAAUUUUGCUGCGGUUUCAGCUGUCGGCUGUGUAGCGUGUGCUGAAUUGUGCAGUCAUCAACUACAGAGGCCUCAUUGAUCAGCCAGCGAGCCUCAAUACACAAUGAGACCAGGCCAGCGAUCUCUCCUCCUCUCCUCCUCUUCAUCCCUCCUGCUGCGAUCCCUCGUUCUGCUCUCCCUCUGCCCGAGAGGGCAGGCCGUCCAGGCGGAGAACGUGACCGUGCUGGAGGGAGGAACGGCUCAGAUCUCCUGCCGUCUCCAGAAUUAUGACGGUUCAAUCGUGGUCAUCCAGAACCCACGCAGACAGACGCUCUUCUUUAAUGGAACACGAGCGCUGAAAGAUGACCGUUUUCAGAUGGUUCUUUUUACGCCGAAGCUGGUGCGCAUCACGUUGACUAAUGUAAGUGUGUCAGACGAGGGUGGCUACUUCUGCCAGCUCUACACCGAUGAUACACACCACCAGGUGGCGACGCUGUCGGUGGUGGUGCCCCCGGAGGUACCCAGCGUGGAGGUGAAAACAGAGGCGGUGGAGGGAGGAGAGGUUGAGCUCACAUGUUUGUCCCUGCGGAGCAAACCUCCAGCCACACUGCGCUGGGUUCGAGACCGCAGAGAGAUCCCAGGUGUGAUCUCCCAGCAGGAGAAUGGCAAGACUGUGAGUGUUUCCAACACUAUCCGUAUCCCCGUGGAGAGGAAAGAUAACAGAGCGGCGCUGAGCUGUGAGGCGUCUCAUCCCGCACUCGUGAGCCAGAAGCGAGUUCGUCACUACAGCCUGGACGUUCACUUUGCUCCUACGGUGAAAAUCGUUCCCCCUCAGGGCAUCCUCCGAGAGGGAGACUCCCUCAGUCUCACCUGCUCCGUUACCGGAAACCCACUACCACGUGACAUCCAGUGGUCACGAGUGAACGACACUCUUCCUGAGAGGGCGGAGAAAACCGGCAACAUCCUCCACAUGUCUCGCCUCAGCCAAUCACACAAUGGCACCUACCUCUGUCAGGCACAUAAUAAUUACGGCCGUGCAGCUGAUCACUACACACUGCUGGUGUAUGUGUCUGUUGCUCAAUCUCAUCCUGCCAUCGCUCACCCCAACCUUCCAUCCUCAAAGGAAUACCAAGAUCCUGGAGCAGUGGUGGAGACCCACAGUGCCGUCCCGUUUGCAGUGAUUGGGGGCAUCCUGGCCCUGCUGGUCUUCACUGUCAUAUGUGUGCUCAUCGUCACCAUCUGGUGCUCCGUCCGGCAGAAAGGUUCUUAUUUGACUCAUGAGGCCAGUGGUUUGGACGAACAUGGCGAGGUUCAGGAGGCCUUCCUCAACGGAAAUGAUGCCAGCCAGGGCAAGAAGGAGUACCUACUGUAGCGCUGCCGUGGUGGAAUUCUUGAGAAACACUGGACCGCUGCAGACUGCACACCGCAACACACACUGUUCCCAAACAGACCUACACACCACUACUACAACAACCAGAGGGAAUCACAAUCGUGCCAUAUGAAGGAAGAUGGAGUGGGAAGGAGAGGACGGAGAUAUUAAUGGAGGAGCGAGAGAGAUGAAAGGAGAGAACAAUUAUUCUGACUGAAAAACACCAUCAUGGUCACUCUCUUUUUUUAGUUGUGACAACUAAACUGUAAUUGCAGGACCAAGAGAGAAAAGUGUCCAUUUCUAAACAGUGCCUCUAUGGCUUAUGAGGUAUUGAAUGUCUCAAAGUGAGCAAAUUGAAAUCUUCUGCAUUUUUAUGCAGCACUGGGCCUCAGAGACUGAGCCGGUAGAGAAUAAAUCCACCAACAACAGCGCUGAGAGCUCAGAGCCGUCCUCAUAAAGUAUUUAUCUGCGCUUUUCAUCCAGCAACUCCAUUAUCUGCUCACGCUGGCCAAAACCUGUUGACUUGUGAAGAAAAGUUCCUCUCGUUUUUGAUCCUCUCUCGGUGACUCUCUCCAGCGCUCCUUCCUCUCCCUCCUCUAUCUCUCCACUAUUGUUUGUUAAUAAUUAAGGGAUUAGACAUGUUCUCUUUUAUGAGCCGAAUGAAUUGAAGCAGACCGCUUGCUUCAACGCUGUAAAAAAGGGGGCUUAAUUAUCGCAAAGUCAUUGGAAACGUGGAACCGCGACUUGGGUGAGAAAAAAAGACAGUUUGUCGAGAACAUGUCGGAAAUUACAUUUUUUUGUUUUGUUUUUUGAUUGCUCCACACAGAAACACACAAUGAAACAUAUCUCUAAAGUCAUUAUUUGUAUGAAAAAGUCUACAAAGUAAGUUAAAUGACUCUUUUAAGAAAAAAAAAAAAAACUUUUGCGCGCAUUACCGAGCGAUGCUACCGUACUAACACAGAAUAUUAGCUUAGAGGUGCAAAACUGAACAAACUACUGUUACGUCAUCUUUAAAAAAAAACUUGCAAAAUUAAAAAAAAAAAAUAUCUAUUUUGUUUGUCUUUAAAAGAUAUCAGAGGUCUUAAUUGUUUUGAUUAAUUAUUAUUUGGACUAUUAUGAUCGUUGUUAUUGUUAUUAUUAUUCUUACUGUUAUUAUAAUUGUAAAUGUUAUAAAUUGUAUACUUCCCAUGCUUUAGUUCUACCAGUAGAAACAGCCGUGUAUACCCACUUUUCUCUCUCCUCCACUUUUCUCUGAUCCUCUUUGUGUCUUUCUCCCUCUUCGUCCGUCUCCUCUUUGUCUUUCACUUCCUGUUUAUUUUAUAGUCUUUGCGUCGCUGUUGAUAUAGCUAACUGUACAUCUUUAUAGGGGAAAGAUACCAAGCACGACAAAAUAAAAAAUACUUAAAAGA